UCCCUGCACUCGAGCGCGGCCGGGGGCGGGGUCAGCGGGCGACGCCCCGCGGGCCGCUGGGAGCCGAGACUUCCGUGCCCCGGCUAGCGGGCGGAGAGCCGAGGCCAGGCCAGGAGAGGCGAGCGGGCCGGGCCGCAGGUGAGCGCAGAUGUCAUGUGGCCUGUCUUUUGGACCGUGGUGCGUACCUAUGCUCCUUAUGUCACAUUUCCUGUGGCCUUCGUGGUUGGGGCUGUGGGCUACCACCUGGAAUGGUUCAUCAGGGGAACGGACCCCCAGCCUGUGGAGGAAGAAAAGAGCAUUUCAGAGCGCCGGGAGGAUCGUAAACUGGAUGAACUACUAGGCAAGGACCAUACACAAGUGGUGAGCCUUAAGGACAAGCUGGAAUUUGCCCCUAAAUCUGUGCUGAACAGAAACCGCCCUGAGAAGAAUUAAUGGAAGACUCAGGACCCUAUGGUCAGCAGGCUGUGACAUGUCCUGCCAUGGUAGCAACCGAGCCCCAGAACACAUGUCUGGUUUCUUUUGCUGCUUAUUCUGGCCCCUUCUACACACCACAGCCCCACGUGUACUGGCUGCUGCUUUACAGCCAGGGAGACACAGGAGCAGCUGAGGGCCAGCCAGGAGCAAGGCUGAAUCUGCAGACGGGGUCCACAGCUGCUCAGGCUCCCAGGCUUCCAUUGGUGCCCUGCCCAGAGGAGUACUAUAAAUGGACCUUGGCUCUCAGUCUCCCUGCGAAGGUUGUUUGGCCUGGAGUCGGAACCGCCGGGAUUUGGGUGUUCUCUUUGGGAGGGGUCCCCAUAUGCCUAGUUCUAGUUUGCACUGGGAAGAGUUCAGAAAUCUGCCUGGUUUACCUGACUAGUUUGCCCUGUCUUUUGUGUUCAUUCUUCCUGCAAUCCUGUUGUCAGCUCAGGAAUGAGACUCCCUGGGAGGGAAAGUGCUUUUCUCUUGUCAGAUGCACGGGCUGUUCUUGGGGCAGGGAGGAACAUGUGCCUGCUGCGUUUGCCUGAACACAGUCACGCCUUCCACCCCUCAUCACUGUGUACUGAACACCUUGAUUAAAGUGGCAUCUGAGAACCAUC